AACCUGAAGUCUUUUAUUAGAACAUGAACAACAGCUGACGACGGCACAUUACUUAAACUAGACGAAACCCGUCUACACUAUUGCUUCUAUUCUUUUUACUAGCACUGGCCAGUUUUUAUUGCACUCUUGUGAUCAUUCUCAUUAAUCGAAUAAUACCCAUCUGCGCAUUUCUACCGAGUUCCGUCUCACAUGGAUUCGCAUCAGCGCCUAGCUCGGUAUAUGAGGAUUUAACGAUGAACGACGUCAAAGCCUAUUCUGAUUCAAAUGUUUCAAUAACCCGUAUAAGCUUUACUGUUGCGCUUUUUCCUAAUGCGUGAUAAUGGCGGCCUUCACAAAGAUCGUAUUGGUCGUCCUGGCUAUUUCUUUCAUGACUUUUGUCGCAUUCUUCGGCAGGCUUCCGGCUUUGAGACAUACACCGAUAGCCUGGCUACAUCGCGCAAUAUGGGUAUACGUCCCUAACGCGGUCUUAGCCGUCGACCAGCGGCUUACUUCUGGUCGCCUUUCCACAUCACUAGGUAGAUUCGGUCGUUACAUCAUGUACGAUCGACACCCAACUGUACUCAUAUUCUUUGUACUACUACUCUCCGUAGGCGAAUACAUGUAUCUACCAGGGGUAUGGCCGCGCCUGAGCCUCAUCCACAAGGUUCUAGGCAGUAUAUCUAUCAUUCUACCCUAUCUAUUCCUAUACCUCGCCGCUGCCGGCGACCCUGGCGUCGUCACUCCCGCUACACAUUCGCGCUUUAUGUCGCAUUACCCAUACGAUUUCUCGCUUUUCCACCCCGGUUCUCUGUGCCGAACAUGCGGCCUCCUAAAGCCGCCGCGCUCGAAACAUUGCUCCGUAUGUAAGCGCUGCGUGCACAAGAUGGACCACCACUGCGUCUUCAUCAACAACUGCGUCGGCUACGGCAACCAGCACUACUUCAUCCUCCUGCUCCUCUCCACCGCGACGCUAACCCUAUACGGCGGACUCCUCGGCCUCGUCGCCGUCGCCGACACCGCGCGCAACCACAACAAGAACUUCUCGCUGUUCCCGAAACCGCACACCUGGUCCUGGAGCCAGUACUUCAUCGCACUAACGAUGGGCAUCCAAGACGACGUCGGCGUCGGCUCCGUGACCCUCCUGGCACUUAUGACGUCGCCGCUGGUUUGGGGCCUGCUCGCCUACCACAUAUACCUGAUCUACUGCGGUACCACGACGAAUGAGAGUAUGAAGUGGCAGGAUUGGCAGAUGGAGAUGGACGACGGCUGCGCAUUCAAGCGCGCGCUCCCCGGCGACCGGGUUAAGGACCUGCGCCACGAAGCAGCAUGGACGCGCUGGCCGCUCGAGCCUAUGCAGAUACUCAUCCGCACCGAGGACGGCGCACCACCUGACGUGCAGCACGCCCCGGGCGUCGGCGAGUGGGAGCGCGUGUGGCGUCUGCGUGACAUCGAGAACCUAUACGAUCUCGGCUUCUGGGACAACCUCGUCGAUGUGUUCGUGCCGAAUUAUCCGUUUCAACGGGCGGAGGUCUCGGGUUCGAUGGCCGAUUUGGAGAGGGGCAAGAGGAGGGCUAAGAAACCGCCUAAAGCACCUAGGGCGUCGAGUUUGGUUGCUGCUGCUACGUAGUUUACGGAUGCGCUGAUUAGUAGUGAAUUGGAGUAAAUAAUGGAAUUAAGAUGGAAGUUGAUGGAGUUGUAUCUCGUGCUUUUUGUGACUAUAUGUUUUGACACGCGUCUAACUUGAAUCGCUACCUACACAUGUUUAAACGGAGAGAUGGAGCCUUAUUCAUUUACUACCUAGGUAGCCCCUCCAACUUCUGCAUAUAUAUCACAUCUUAGCCCACUGCAUAGU